GCAGCUCGGGCGGCCGCCUCCCGCGACUCCGCCGGCCGCCCGGAGCUGCAGCCAUGGCUGUGACCGCUGAGGGCGCCCGCAGGAAGGAGCGCGUCCUCUGCCUGUUUGACGUGGACGGGACCCUCACGCCCGCUCGCCAGAAAAUUGACCCUGAGGUGGCUGCCUUCCUGCAGAAGCUUCGAAGUAGGGUGCAGAUCGGUGUGGUGGGCGGCUCGGACUACUCUAAGAUUGCUGAGCAGCUGGGAGAGGGGGAUGAAGUCAUCGAGAAGUUUGAUUAUGUGUUUGCCGAGAAUGGGACAGUGCAGUAUAAGCAUGGACGAUUGCUCUCCAAGCAGACCAUCCAGAACCACCUAGGGGAGGAACUGCUGCAGGACUUGAUCAACUUCUGCCUCCGCUACAUGGCCCUGCUCAGAUUGCCCAAGAAGCGUGGAACCUUCAUCGAGUUUCGGAAUGGCAUGCUGAACAUCUCGCCCAUCGGCCGGAGCUGCACCCUGGAGGAGCGGAUCGAGUUCUCUGAACUGGACAAGAAAGAGAAGAUCAGGGAGAAGUUUGUGGAAGCUCUGAAAACUGAAUUUGCUGGCAAAGGGCUGAGGUUCUCCCGAGGAGGCAUGAUCAGCUUUGAUGUCUUCCCUGAGGGCUGGGACAAACGCUACUGCCUAGAUAGCCUGGACCAGGACAGCUUCGACACCAUCCAUUUCUUCGGGAAUGAGACCAGCCCUGGUGGGAACGACUUUGAGAUCUACGCCGACCCUCGGACUGUGGGCCACAGCGUGGUCUCCCCCGAGGACACAGUGCAGCGAUGUCGAGAGAUCUUUUUCCCAGAGACAGCCCAUGAGGCCUGACCCUGACUCCCAAAGACCUCCACCCAGGCCUAAGGGGCACUCAGGACGCCUGUCUCACAUUACCUGCUGUGAGGCCCACCUUGACAAGGCCAGGGCCUGUGUGACGACUGUCGCCAGCAUUCAGCUCCUGGUGGGCCUGGCUAUAGCUGCUGCUUGUACUUCUGAACAGGACAGGUUUCUCUCCACACCGGAGGAGGUGUGUGUGAGUGUUGGCGCAAGACAGAGCCCGCCCUGCCUUCCUGUUGCAGUCUGGGUGCAGAGCAAUGGGGAGGGCAUGUAUUUGUAAGAACUCUAUCACAAGUAUUAAAGUUCCCACAACAAGGCA